AUGAAUCUUAAUGAAGGAUUUGUUAAAAGACGGAAUGUAGUUCGUGAAAAUAGUGAAGGUGUGAACAAAGAAGACCGUAAUGAUAAAAAAUCAAGCCGCGAUGAUGAUAUUGAUGAUGGAGACUCGAAGGAAACAAGACUGACAUUAAUGGAAGAAGUCUUGUUAUUGGGGCUGAAAGAUAAAGAAGGAUACACGUCCUUUUGGAACGACUGCAUUUCCAGUGGACUGCGAGGAUGUAUCCUGAUCGAACUUGGACUCAGGGGCCGUGUAGAACUGGAAAAAGUUGGCAUGAGAAGAAGGGGUCUGCUGGCAAGAAAAUUAAUUGUAAAAAAUGAUACACCCAUUGGCGAUGUCCUGUUAGACGAAGCUCUGAAACAUCUUAAAGAAACUGAUCCCCCUGAGACAGUACAAAGUUGGAUUGAGUAUUUAAGUGGCGAGACAUGGAAUCCGUUAAAGUUGAGAUACCAGUUGAAAAACGUGAGAGAAAGAUUGGCGAAAAACCUGGUAGAGAAAGGUGUAUUAACUACAGAAAAACAGAACUUUUUGUUCUUUGAUAUGACCACUCACCCAUUAACAGAUAAUGUAGUCAAAAGUCGACUUAUAAAGAAAAUCCAAGAUUCUGUACUUGGUAAAUGGGUGAACAACCCACAACAAAUGGAUAAAAGAAUGUUGGCACUUAUAUUCCUAGCACAUGCCAGUGACGUGUUAGAGAAUGCAUUUGCACCACUUAAUGAUGAUGAUUAUGAAUUAGCUACAAAACGUGUUAGGAAGCUGCUUGAUUUGAACUUUGAAGAAGAGGCAAACAAACCCAACACAUGCGAUGUUCUUUGGGCUGUAUUCGCUGCUUUUACAAAGUAA